ACGGUUAGUCGGUUGAAGAGUUUGUUAGUUCAUGAAAGUUCUAUUGCAAUUCUAUAUAUAACCUUCUAAAGUAACUGUUUUGGUCAUAGCAUUCAAUUCUUGAAAGAAAGAAACGUCAAGUUCUGUUGUGAGUUGAAGAUUAACCAUGGGAGGACGGUUGUCACGAACUGCUCCUGCAAGGGGUGACGUGGAAAUGCAACAAAAUGGAGGAGGAGGAGGAGGAGAUGGUGGUGGAGGUGGAGGAGGAGGAGAUGGUGGUGGAGGAGGAGUAGUAGUAGUAGUAGGAGGAGAUGGUGGAGGAGGAGGACCACCACCACCAGGAGAUGAUGAUGAUUUUGCAAAGACUAUUCGUAGGCGCUUGUUCUUGGUGAUAGGAAUGUCCAGUUUUAUUAGUUUUUUAACGAUGGCGUUUUUCUUUAAUGAUUCGCCCCCGCGUCUUGCUCCUGCUGUGCCGCUGAUGCUGCCUCCGCCGCCGGCACCAAUGCUGCCUCCGAUGCCGCUGCCAAAGCCCUGAAUCAAACAAGCUGUUGCCGGGGAACAAUCUUCAUUGAGGCCAUUGAAGACAUUCAAGUUGUUCCCUUUUUUUUCUCCUUUCUUUAGGUAGUCACGUGACACAAUGUUUAGUUCUUUGUUUUCUUUUUCUUUUUCUUUUAAUAGUCAUUUGACGCAUUGUGUAGUAGCAUUUUUACCACUGUGGUGUGUACUGAUGCAAUAUCCACUAAGUUCUUUACCUAGUUUGUUCCCUCUUUUUUUUGUUCUUUCAGUAGUCACGUGACACAUUGGUAUGUAGUGGUGUGUAAUAUGCGCACACUUCUUUAGCUAGUUUGUGUUUACGUACAGUAAGA